AUGGAUAAGGGAGAAGAAGCAGACAAGGUCGGGGGGCUUCCGAUUGUCGGCAAGCGCCGAAAAAAGGCGUCGGACGAGUCUACCAACUCGUCCUUGUCUGCUAAAUCGUACCCAAGCUCGUCGAGUCUAACGGCGGCAACUUCCAUAUCAAGGUCUCGCAAGCCCAACGAGGAGCCGGAAAACCAUGGAGAGCCUAGCUUAGUCGAGAAGAAGCACUAUUACGAUGGUCUUCCUUCGCACCCUCUGCUUAUAGCCCGCACGGGUUCCACCAAAUGGAGCCUCCCUAAGUCUAUCCAGGAAGAGCUGCCGCUUAAGGCAAUGUGCAACGUUGGGUCGUCCCAUUGCCUGGUGGGAAUUUGGGAGUCUGUGUUGGACGAGAUCGUGAAGGCGCUUGAGCCGCUAGCCUGGACUAGCAUCGACCUUCUCCGCAUCGGGUACCAAGAUACGGCUGAAAAAGAUUGGCCCGUGACACUAAUGAUUGGCGCCAAGCCUGGCUCUCAUUGGAAAGUCACGAUACCUGUGGCUGUGGCGUGCCGGAUGAUCCUUCGCUCCCACGGCGCCCAUGAGGUAGAAUGCGAGGUUCGCGAAAGCGAGUCUUUUUUCUCUGUUGCGGACAGGCUUAUUACUGCCAAUGAGACGAUAGGCAGACUGGAAGAAGAGAGGGCAUUCUCGGAAUGCGUCGCACAAUGCAUCUCGCCGUGCGCUGCUCCGGGUCGAGAGGGCACUCUUGGCAUCUACCUUGCGGUUGGUUCCACCCGCACUAUGUGCGCCCUCACCUGUCGUCAUGUUGUCUUUGGUGUGUUAGAGGCCGAAUCCGAAAUGAAGAAGGCCGUUGCAGACGACGGAAUCUACCGCGGCAUUGUCCAGCCUAGCCAGUGUGUGUUUGACAAGAUUCUGGCUGAUAUGACCUUAGACUUCGAGGAAACCGGAGAGAAGUCGGACUUUCUCAAGAAAAUCUCGGACCAGCAGAAGAUGGAAGACCGCCGUAUCGGCCACGUUUUUUUUUCGCCCCCUCGCACUAUUGACGUUGAUAAGCAACUGCACGACUGGCUAAUAGUAAAGCUGGCAGCAAAGCGCUACGCCAGUCUGUCGACGCUGCAGAACUGGAUUCAUGUGGGCCGUGAUGGCUACAGGCUUAUGCAACGGCUCCUGCCUAGCAACGUUAAGCCGGAAACGAAUUCCUCAAAGGACAUGGUACGCCUUAAGGGCAUGGUAUCCAAAGCGGAGAUCUUUCGGACCACGGCGCAUAACGAGCCUACGCAGGACCACGCGGCCCUAUGGGUGCACAUGUUCGGAGCCCAUGGCAGCAAGCUGACGACAGGAAUCUCCAACGAGGUCCGCUCUGUGCGCCGUGUAAAUGCAUCCAUUGACAGUAACGAAAUCAUCACGACGCGUGAGUGGUGCGUGGUGGGCCGCAACGGCCAGAGGAGGAACGGGGCUGUUUUGUACGGCGUCAACAGCAUAAGCUCCCCACUAAGGCCUUUUUCGGAGCCGGGUGAUUCAGGCUCGGCCAUGUUUGAUUCGCAAGGUCGCAUUGCUGGCAUCCUUACCUCGGGGUGCGGCGCGAGAGAGGACGGUAGACCAGGGGGUACCAACAACGACUUUGGCUGUGCCGAUGUCUCCUACGUAAGGCCUAUUGAGGUGAUCUUAGAUGCGAUUAAGACAAAGUAUGGCCGGGUAGAAGUUUUGUGA